CGUGAUUGGUUGGUUGAGUACUGGAGUAGAGUUGGUCGCCGGCCGCGUUGGAGCUCUCGAUCGGAGUUUCCUUCCUCUUUGCACUCGUUACAGUGGCGUAGAGCUAGACAUCGGAAUCGAGGCGGGCCAUCGUGUCCUUCGCACCGACUGAGCUUUUGUACUUCGCUCUCCCUCUCCUGCAGCUCCAUCUUCUUAUUGGGGUGCAUCCAGAUGAAGGGAUCAUGGAGGACGACGAGAAGCCGCAUCUUCCGAUGGACAUCAUCUCCAAGAUCCCAACACACAUAUCUGAUCCAGCCUCCCUCGUGCGCGCUGCUUCAUCCUACAAGUUAUGGCGCAAUCUCAUAAAGGAUUCUACCUUUCUUGAUGGCCUCAAGAGGCGGCACGGGGAUCAUGGUUUCACCUCGUCCCUCCUCCUUGGUUUCUUCUACCAAGAGAGCUCCGAGGCUCCCUCGCACUUGUGGCAGCACCACAUGGACAAAAACCGUUGCUUGGCACCGAGCUUCAUACCCACGUCAGAAUUGCUUCAAUUCAGUGGCAGCAAAGAGGGUUGCAAUGCAGUCAGUCCAAUGUCGCUUGGCACUUUUAUUCCGGGUAUUGGUGCAAGCCUCAACUUCUAUGAGCCCGUUGCAUCCCAAGAUAGCUUCUUGGCCCUCUGUCGUCGCUCACAAGGCACGGAUGGUCGUGCCAGGCCUGACGUGCUGUGCGUUUGUAAUCCUCUCACCGGUGAAGUGUUUCACAUCCCUAACCUUCAAGAUAUGCCACCACACCACUACGCCUUGCUUGUCACUGACGAUGUCGGCCUCGACGGGCGCAUGUCCCAAUCCUUCCGUCUGGUCUCCAUUUGGAUCAAAGGUAAGAAGUUCAUCUAUGUGUACUACUGCUCAAAGACCAGAGCCUGGUGGAGGCCCACAAGUGCCCCUGAGCUAAUGCCUGGUCUCUAUCUAAUGCCGACCCUUGCUGCUCCUUCCCAUGGUGGCAUCCAUUGGCUCUGUGGGAGCUGGAAAAGCUUGACACCCACUCAUAUCUGCACACUACAUGUGGACGAAGAAGAGCUGUCGUACGUAGAGCUUCCACCUGAAGCAAAGUCCAACAAGGUGCUGUUGCUGGCGAAUUCUGCAGACAGGGGCAUUCUGUUGCUCCUCGUGAAGGGCCUUCAGAUGUCACUCUGGAAGCACAAACUUGAGUCUGGGGAUGCCUCCAACAACUGGGUCCUUUCUGAGAUGAUCGACAUGACAAGUUCCUUGCCGAUGCGGUUCUUAAUGAUGCAGCCCAGGCCAAAAUUCAGGUUGGAGAUUUUCCGAGGGAAGAGUGGUGCGGUGGUGAUCUGGAUUGAAGGGGAAGGUCUCUUCUUGUUCUGCCUCAGCGAUCGGUCUAUGAGGAAGAUUGACAAUGAGAAUGUUACCAAGAGGUACUGCGUCUGCCCAUACGAGAUGGACUGGCUCUCCUGCCUUGCUGUCACAAACCUCGUUGUUGAUGGCUCGCUGGAUGGAGCAAGGACAAAGGUUCAUGGCAGAUGGAGAACCUUGAUGGCAAAUAAUACAUUGCCUUAAUUAGUGGCAAGGCAUCAAGUCUAUCUAGUCUGUUGGUGGCAUGACCAACCAUGAAAUUUCACAUGUUCAGUGGACGCUGGUCCUUUAGUUAUGAUUAUUAUUGUGACCAGCAGUUUGAAACUUAAAUUUCAUGACAUUCUCGGUACUAGAAUCCAAUAUUUUCACGGUCGUGUGAUGUAAGGUGUAAAGUGUACUAAUGUAAAGGAAUGUUGGGGACAUUUGUGCCAUUGGACUAGUCUACGGUUUCAUUGUUUGUACUGCCUAUUUGGGGCCCAAUACAAUGUUUACUCUAUAAAUAUGCUAAAUGAUUUCUGUACAAGCUA